CCCUUAGCCAAUGAAGGCGCGUCACUGGGGACUCACGUGGACGGGUCGCUCUUAAAACCUAGCUCCUGACUUUUCCUCAAGUUCUAUUUUUUGGGAAUCCCUCCCACCCCCGUCGCAUCGUGUCCUCUUACACGCCAGUUGUGACUCUUUAACCCAGUUUACCUCUCCUCGCACAUCGCUUCGUCCGACGUCUUCCUCGUCGGCUGCUGCAGCGAUCGGACUCCUCGCUCUCGACUCGAGCUCUGCUUCCACUAUUUGUUUGUCUUUUCGUAAAGGUUGUCUUGUUCUACUUGAAGGAAUCCGUCUACUCUGUGGCCACAUGACGAAGCUGCCCUGACCGUUUUUCCCCUGCGGUGCUCAAUCAGGUCUGACGCGUACCUGUCCAUGGUGCUGAAAGUGCUUUUCUUCCCCCAUCCCAAAGAGACCGGUGCGCUGCCGCUCCCGAAAAUCCACAAAUAGUCUUUAUUUUUCUCAAAUUUUCGAGUUUUGGUGUUAGAUGAUUUUCAUCUUCCCGGCGAGGUUUACUGAACUCAACCGAAGACGCAGUUGGUGUUGAAGGAAGCAGAACGAAUCGACGGCGACUCGCCCAAAAAAGAGACUAUACAUCGAUAUCAGGAGGACACGUCCUUCGAGACUUGACGAACAUUAAAAAUAAAUAAUCGGAUGCGAGGACGUUGAACCUAGCCUGGAGUUAUUUUGCUCUUUGGAAAACCAGUUGUGCAACUGGAAAUAGCGGAUGAAUAAUCUUCAUUUGUAGCCAUCCCUCCCAAAACAUUUCUCGCUGCGGAGCGGGGGACUCUUUCCCCUCUGCUGGACCCCCAACCCCCCUCCUUCCCUUAAAUAAAACUUGUCCUGAAUUCCAAAUGGUAGUUUGAGGAGGCCUCGAUCAAGACAAUGGAGGCGUCCGCCAACGGGUCCAGUUUUGGCAUCGACUCGCUACUGUCCCACCGGCCGGGAAGUCCGGUGUCCAAAGGGGGGAGCCUGGCGGGGGAGUGCCGCUCGCCACUGGAGUUCAGCCCGAGAUCAGACGCGGAGAGCGGCUGCUCGUCGCCUCCGUCGCCGCGGAGGGAAUGCGCGGACGAGGUGGCCCUGAGGCAAGGUCACGGUGUCGGCCUGCCGCCGCACCUCCAGCAGGCGCAGAUAUCGGCGGGGUCGCAGCAGAGGACAGUGACCUCGUCGUUCCUCAUCCGAGAUAUUCUCGCGGACUGUAAGCCACUCGCCGCCUGCGCGCCCUACUCCAGCAACGGACAGCCGACCCAGGAGGCGGCAGGCAGGCUGGUCUCCAAGAUAGCGGAAGACUUUAUGGAGAAAAUCCACAGCAACUCUUCGUCCGACAGUGAAUAUAAAGUGAAAGAGGAGGGGGACAGGGAGAUCUCCAGCAGCAGGGACAGCUCUCAGGUCCGGCUGAAGAAGCCCAGGAAGGCCCGGACGGCCUUCACGGACCACCAGCUGGCCCAGCUGGAGCGCAGCUUCGAGCGGCAGAAGUACCUGAGCGUCCAGGACCGCAUGGAGCUGGCGGCCUCCCUCAACCUCACCGACACGCAGGUCAAGACCUGGUACCAGAACCGGAGGACCAAGUGGAAGAGGCAGACGGCGGUGGGUCUCGAACUACUAGCGGAGGCCGGGAACUACUCGGCCCUGCAGAGGAUGUUUCCCUCCCCGUACUUCUACCCACAAAGCCUGGUGUCCAACCUGGACCCCGGAGCGGCCCUCUACCUGUACAGGGGCCCCUCGGCGCCCCCGCCGUCCCUGCAGAGACCCCUGGUCCCCCGGAUCCUGCUGCACGGCCUGCAGGGGGGCGGCGAGCCGCCUCCGCCUCUGCCCCCCAUGUCCGGCGUGCUUAGUCGACCGGCUCAGCAGCGAUGAGCCGGUCCCUGCUGGUUAUCUUUUCUAUUUUUUUCUUCUCUUUUUUUUUCUGUUUUGUUUUUGUACGCCGAGCUCGGCAGGACUCAUGAGAAGAAAUGAAACAAAGACAGAUACAAAUGAGAAGGGGACGAGUCGCGGAAAAAGACAAGUGUUGGAGGCCUUCAUGGUGCGAGAAGCUGCCGAUUGAGGCUGAACUCUGUGGACGGAGCUUUGUGACUCGAACUGACUGCGUGGGAAGAAUCUUUCCCGUUUUUUUUUUUGUUGGGACAUGAGCUUUAUUUAUAACUUAUUUAUUUUUCAACAUGAAUCAAAGCAUUUAAGUUAUGUAUUUAUUUGAUCCCAGUUUCAGUACUCUUUAAUGUUUUUUCCCAUCAACAGAUGAAUUGUUGGUGGAACUUUGACCAACAGUCCAAUGCCAAGCAGACCUCCUACUGGUAUUAUUAUAAUUAUUAUAUCAUCAUUAUUAUUAUUAUUAUUACGUGGGUGUUCAUGGAUAUUGGCCAAGCUGCACCCUUCCAUGUAAUAUUAAUAUAUUGUAGAGGAUCCAAAGG